AUGAUGAAGCCGAGGGAACAUUCUUGCAACAUUCUUUCUUGCCUCGGUACGCUGCUCGACGCCGGCUCACGCUUCACCGCCUUCCACGCGUCUUGGGAUAGCUGUUUCCGAUAUCCGAUAAACGAAUACGCUAAUCUGUGUGUCAAUCAUCCAAUAUAUGGUGCAUCGGCCGGGAAUGGUGCAUCGGCCGGAAGGAAACCGCCAUUCCAACCCUUCCGAUGCCGCCCGUGCUGCUCCAGCAAAUCCUCGAUCACGCCGGGCAGCUCAAUCAGACAAUGCGAGAUGUCAGCCAAUUGGAAUUGGAUGUAUUGCGCAUCGAAGGUUCACCACAAGAAUGGUCUGAUCGGCUAG